GAUAUAGUGAAACUCGACAUUAAAUAGUGUAAAAACCGUUAGUGUCAGAUUCGUGAUAUCAGAAGGAUAAUUACAUGUUUAAUUAAAAAAAAAAAUUGCCGCUGCAUCGUGUUUUGUGUGACCAUCACAUUAAAACGAUAGGAAAGCACGACGGUUUACGACAGUGCCCGUUGAGGUCCGGUGCCGUAAAGUUCUUCAAACAUGUGGAGUAGCAGACGGUGAAGCCUCUGGUGAGAUGGAGAAGUUUAAUAAUUUAUCUGAGUUCAUAAUGUACCGUGUGAAAACGUGUUCGACCGUCAUCGUGACUCAGCGUGUUUCUGUACCCGGAUCAUUAACGGGGCUGGUAGCAUGUAGCUUAGCCGCUAACACAGCUAGCGAGGAGUUUAGUGUUGUUAUUAAAGUUAGUCUGAUCAGUUCAGGGAUUAAAGUCUCGUGUGUGUCGAGCAUCGAACCGGAACCACUUCCACCGAACUGCCUCUGUCACAAGUGAAACUACAGUCGAACAGAACAUUUUAAAACGAGCUCCUGAAUCAGAUGUUUAAACUGUCGAGAUGACGACUGGUUGUUGUGUCUCACAUCCGGAGGACAGGAGAGUCACACGGGGACACUGUUGGCUGCCCGCAUCCGUUUCUAAACACUAGUACUGGUACCAUGCUGUGACCGGAUCAGGUCCAGUCCACAUCCAGGACCUGGUCAAACCUCACAGCCCGUCCUCUCCGCUCUGCUUCGACCAAUCAGCUGCUCCCUCCCAGUGAGGGACAGCUGUCACUCAACAACAUCACAACUGUUUCCUGUCCUGGCUCCUAAACGUUGGAACCAGCUCCACGGGGACAAUCAGGACGGGAAGUCCACACAUCGUCCUCCACACUGAAGACACAUCUCUACAGACGAUAUCUUGAAUAAAAGUUUAAUCUAAUAAAUGGAGAACUACAGUAAAGCUCGAGCGUCGGAGCAGCCGUCGGUCUGUCCGUUCCCCGGCCUCCCCCCCGACACGCCAGAGGUCCGGGUCAAAGACGGCAGUAAGAUCCGCAACCUGCUGCGCUACGCCCUGAGCCGCUUGGAGGCCGAACCCAGAGCAGCCGAAGAGACGGGACGCCCGGCGCCAGAGGAGGGAGGCGUGGCUGUGGAGGGCCAACAGGAAGCACCGAGCCAGCCCCUCUGCAAACAGAUCAUCUUCACGGCGAGUGGUAAGGGCGUCUCCAAAGCCAUCACCUGCGCUGAGAUCGUAAAGCGGCGCGUGAAGGGGCUCCACCAGCUCACCCGGCUGCUGUACAGCACCGUGGUUGAGGUGUGGGAGCCGCUGGAGCCCGCCGCCGGCCUCGACAGUCUGACUGUCAACAGGAACCUGCCCGCCAUCUGGAUCCUCCUCUCCAGAGACCAGCUGGACUGUGCCCAGCCCGGGUACCAGGCACCCGGGCGGUACGACGGCCUGUGGGUUCAGUCUGCUAACAGGGAGGAGGGGGGCGGCCCCCCUGCACAGAGACCAGGACACCGGAGGAAGAGAGGGGGGGGAGGAGGGGGAGGCGGUGAAGGCAGCAGUGGAGGCCGAGGAAAGGGCGCCGGACGUAAGACUGUGCGAUCCCGAGAUGCAGCGAAAUGAUGUCCAUUUUCAAAAACUGCAUGAACAGAAAGACUGAAGCGCAGAAGCAGCAGGAAGUGACAUCACUGAAGCUUUAUCGGCUGGAAACACGUCCAAGCUACAGGAAGUCGACAUGGUCACAAAGAACAGUCAAAGUUUGGUUCAAUGAACUCAACGUUUCAGUUGAUUGUUAUUUCAUUUGCUCACUGACUUUAAUUUUAAUGACUUGAGGUCGUUUUGACGCCAGUUUUUAGUUUCAGAGUUGGAAAAAGAUCUAAAUAGUGAAGUCUGGGAUGUUAAAGCUUUAACUCAGAGGGAACUUGAAGCCGUCGCCAGUCACAGUCGACGGAUCAAAUCCAACUCUGGUGAAUUCUCACCAGGAAUCAAGCUAAUGAGCUCAAAGAUCUCUUAAAGCAGAAAUCUGACGUUUCUUGGACCUUCAGCUUUCAGCUGGUGUUUGAAAAGGUUCACACGUUGUUAAACUGCUCUAAUGGUUUCCUGCCCUUGUUUCCUGUCUGUUGAAAUGUUUGUACAGACUGUGCCUCUGAAAAUAAUAAGUUCUGUUUAUUAAAGAUGUUUUUUUAAUCCUGAAA